AUGAAAUCAGUGAUAUUUAAUCAAAGUGACUAAUGGAAGGUAAAUAAAUAUACUUAAUAAUUAGUUAGAAUUGAUCUUUACUUCAUCUAUGGAUGAAUAUGUUCAAAUUGGAGAUUCAUUGCCGAUAUUUAGGAGAAAUAUGAAGAGGUGUGGUAUUAGGAAGUAACUGAAAGAAAUAAGUUGA